AUGGAUGAAGAUGAGAAGAAGGACAUGUGUCCUAUCUGUAAAACAGAUAGAUAUCUCUCCCCAGAUAUGAAGUUUCUAAUCAAUCCAGAAUGUUACCAUAAGAUAUGUGAAUCGUGCGUGGAUCGUAUAUUCAGUCUUGGUCCAGCACAAUGUCCUUAUACAGGAUGUGAUAAGAUAUUGAGACGUAAUAAAUUUAAGACUCAAAUUUUUGACGAUGUAGGAGUUGAGAAAGAGGUAGACAUCAGGAAACGUGUAUUCAAUGUGUUCAACAAGACACUAGAGGAUUUUGAUUACAACCAAGAGGAAUACGACAAGUAUCUUGAGGAGGUCGAAGAUAUCAUUUAUAAUCUAGAUCAUGGGAUUGAUAUGGAGCAAACGGAGGAAAGAUUACGUACUUAUGAAGAGUUAAACAAACAGUUGAUCAUGGCCAACUUAGAGCGGAGCAAGCAAGAUAUUGCUAACUUCGAACAGAGACAGAAAUUCGAAAAGGAAAUGAAGCUCAAGAAAAGGAUGUUAGAAAAGCAGAUCGAAGACGAGGAGAGAGCGAAUAGAGAAUGGGCUAAAAGAGAGAUCGUAAAUCAACUUACUGUAAAUGACGAUGCCGAAGAGGUGAUAGAAAAUGUUAAGAAGACUGUCAAGCUUAAAAAGUCUUCUGCGAGAAGAAAGCUUGAAGAACUAAAUAAGGUAUUGAGAAACAAUCCUUACAUGACUAUGACUAAUGGUAGAAUGAAGAAGAAGGACAAUGUACCGUUCACUCCAUUCAACGGUGAUAGAGAUUUGCAUAAAAGAUACCAAUUGGAAGAGAAUGAAUAUAAUGAUUCAUUUAUCAGAGAAUUACAAAAGAAAAAAGAAUACAUAGCAUCCGGUUUCAGAGCAGACUUUGUAUACGAUAGAAUGUUAACAGAAGCCUUCAUGGGUCUCGGUUGUUUGAUUAAAGAAGAGCUACAAUCCUCUUAA